GUCACCGCCGAGCAUCCCCAGGUGUUCACCAUUGAAGAAAUGAUGCCCCAUGUCCAACACAUGAAAGGAGGUCACAGUAAAAACCUUUUUCUUAAAGACAAAAAGAAGAAAGGGUUCUGGCUGGUGUCGGUUCUGCACAACAGGCAAAUCAAUUUAAAUGAUCUUGCUAAGAAACUGGGUGUGGGAAGUGGAAACCUAAGAUUUGCUGAUGAAAAUGCUAUGCUGGAAAAGCUAAAAGUGGGCCAGGGCUGUGCAACACCACUAGCGCUCUUCUGUGACCAGGGAGAUGUGAGGUUUGUGCUGGAUGCUGGCUUUCUGGAAGGUGGCCACGAAAAGGUGUAUUUUCAUCCAAUGACAAAUUCUGCAACCAUGGCUUUAAGCCCCGACGACUUUUUGAAGUUUGUGAGAUCAACAGGCCAUGAUCCCAUCAUCAUACAUUUUGAUGAAGACGUUAAAUAGAUGAAGUUCACUUUUCUAUUACUAGGCAUAGAUUUUGUAGAGCAAAACUAGUGAAAGUCUCAUUACAAAUAAAAUUUGAAAAAACAGG